CGGACCGAGAAGCAUGAGCGUACAGAGUAGGGCAAAUCCUAGCCCUGACUAUAGAGCGCGAAUAACUAUCCACUGGUCAUGUCUUCCACGAGAAAACAAUGUUUCAUCCUUUUCUGUCUGGCUUUGAUGAUCGUUUGCUUGACGGCUGUUAUGAAGAAAUGGCACUUUGGUCUCAGGAGGAAUUUUGGGGAUACAGCUCUGAACACGGACUUAACCCCACUGCGCAGUGCCCUGCUCCAGCAGAUCGGAGAGAGACAGCAGGAGAUCGCUCGGUUUUACAACUUAAAUAAUCGAUCACAGUCGACUUUUGCACAAAAUACAACUUUGGAGGCUUUGGGAUCGGAGAUCGGAUGCAGUGAUCUGAGCAGCUUGACAGUUGUGGAUUUUCUUGGCGCCGGUUACACAAAAACGGUGUUAAAAGUCGUUUUAGCCCAGGGUUUAGAAGUUGCUUUGAAAACCGUGAACAAUCAGGGGACAGACAUGAGAUCUUGCUUGGAGGAUUUCAGGGAUCCACAAGGCUGCCAGGACCUCGUGUCUUUCAAACUAAGAAAAGAGAUCAUCCUGCUGCAGAGACUACAGCACCCUAAUAUUGUACAGCUGAAAGGUCAGUGCCAGGACAGUGCCCUGGUGGGUGGCAUCACAGCAGUGCUGGAGCAGGGAACCCCAGUGCAGAUGAUUCAGCUCCUGCAGAGCCCCUGGGAAGAGCGCUUUCGGGUGUGUCUUGGCCUGGUCAGACUUCUUCACUAUCUGUCACUUUCUCCUCUGGGCUCUGUGGCCUUGCUGGACUUCCAGCCUCGUCAGUUCAUCAUGGUAUCUGGUGAGCUCAAGCUAACCGAUCUGGAUGAUGCCAUUGUAACUGAGACACAAUGCAGGACAAGUUCAGAUUGCGUUUUGCAAUUUCCUUUACGCAACUUCACCUUCCAGUGCUCAAGCAGUGGCAUAUGUGAAGGCCUCAACGAGAUGAGGAACCUCUAUAAUGCUUACAGAUAUUUCUUCAUAUAUCUGCUGCCUCAUCAGGCUCCAACAGUACUGAAACCUCUUUUGGAUCAGAUAAUGAAUGCAACAGGGGAACUGAAACACAGUGUUAACAAAACACUAGAAGCCUUUGAAGAAGUCUUGGGUGUAUACAGAUCUGGGCUACAUCUGGGAUACAUGCCUUCAUCUGCAAUUAAUGACUAUGCUGUAUUGAAAGGCAUGGCUACAUCUGGAAAUAAGGAGUACAAAUGCUGGCCUUCUUACAACAAUCAUGGAUGCAUGUUGUCUGUGCACAGUGCUGCAGAAGCUGCCCACAUCUGCAACUCUCACCCACAGUGCACCAGCUUCUCCGUCAGUGACCAAAAGACGUGGACAGGUCGACUUCUCGCCUCGUUCAGAAAUGGCUUCAGUCAUCUGGUUCCAGAUGUGAGCUCGACGGUCUACGUGAGGACGGCCAAAGCCUCUGCAGCUACUCUUUAAAGAGGGGCGGAAAAAAGAGCGAGACAGAAAGCGAGAUGCUGGGAGAAGGGGGAGGAAAACUAUGAAAUGAAUGAACGAGAUGUAUUUAUAGGCAUCACACUCAAAAGACUGUUUGAUCUGCCUGCCAAUGCCGAACACGCUGCCAAGAGGCGUCUAAAAGGAUUUCCCUUCAGGUAUAAUUACCUCUCCUUACACAAAAAGAAACACCCAGCCCUCUGUUUUUUCCCCUUAGCCGUUGUGUUUGUAUGGCACAAUCCAAUGAAAGGAUAUUGAGCCUAUUCAAUACAAGCUCUUACACAGAUUUACUUUGAUGUUAAUGGAGCCAGCAGUUCUGCGGUGUUGCGCUGCAUGCUGGUAUGCCUUAAACACAGUGUUGCAACAGGCAGGAAAAAAGUAGUGAAAUUACAGCUGUGUGUGUAGGACCUGAGUUAUAGUUCUGCUAUUUGAACUGAAUAGCUGCUUAGGAUCACUUUACCGAUCACUGCAGUUCAUUUUUAUUUUUUCCUGUAGUCUACGUUUCCAUCCGGUGGAUGAGAUUGAUUCUUUCUGAGAAAGAGUUACUGUUAUUUGACAUUUUAUAUAAUAAUAUGUUGUGCAGUAUGUGUUUG